CCCACUUCACAGUGGCCCAGGUGUGUUUCUUCCCCAUGAUGCCUGUUAGUCUAACCCUGCCUGAGAGCCGUUCUGCCUGUGAGCUGGUGUGGCUGGCCUUUGCUUUGUGGCUCGAUUGGUGGGAGCGGUGGGAUCCCUCUGGGUAACAGGAUCGAUCCCACAACGUGGGGGCUGACGAUGGAGUCCCGUGUGCCAUCGCUGCAAGUGAAGUCGUACCCUCGGGGCCACUCCAUCACCGAACUGGAGGUCAUGCAGUUCCUCAGCAGCCAGCACAACUCUGGUUCUGCUGCCCAGGCAUUCUUCUACCUCCGCGAGCCAGAUUUCCUUGGGUCCGUGCCAGAAGCCUGGAGGGCGGAUUUCGUGGCAGAGUCAGAGGACGCUCAUCACCGAAUGGAGGAUCUGAAGGGGCAUCUGGGCCAGCACCUGGGGGUGGCGUCUGUCAACAGGUACUCCUGCCAGUGGGGCCCGUAUGUCAAAUGGCUGGAGGAGUUUGGGGCCUGGGUGCUGCAGGAUCUGUGGGGUGCCCUCCAACGCCAGUUCCUUCAGGCCGAGUUGGAGCCCCCUGGGGGUGAGGCGGAGGAGGGGCAGGAGCUGCAAGACGUGUUCCAGGACUUCCAGCAGCGCCAGUUCUGUGCCCGGGGAAAGCUGCUGGGCUCCGUGGCCGGGCGCGUGCGUGAGGGCCAGCCCCCACACCGUGGGGCAGGAGGCGGGCUCUAUGUGGUGACGAGUGAGCCUGGCGAUGGCAAGACUGUCUUCAUGGUGGCACUGGCGCGGGAGCUGAGCGCCCAUCCCCCGGCCCAGGAUGCCUCCCCCACCCUCUGCCUGGUCAUCUCUCACUUCACCGGGGCCUGGCCGGACCAGGCCAGUGCCAGGGUGAUGCUGAGCCAGCUGUGUGCCCACCUAAGCUGCCUGCUGGGCCAGCCGGCCCCACACCCUGCCAGCUACAGGUCAGGACGGGACUGGUGUCUGGAGUCCCUCCUGCCCGCGGUGGCCGGGUCGCUCCGGGGAGCCCAGCGCCUGGCCAUGCUGCUCGACGGGGCUGACCAGAUCCAUGGGGACAGUGGACAUCCUGUCUUCGACUGGCUUCCAGUGCGGCUACCCCCGUGUGUGAGCCUGGUUCUGAGCAUCGGUGAGGACUCCAGACUCCUGGGUUCCCUACAGCAGCGGGCAGAUGUAGUCCUCAUCCCCCUGGGAUCCCUGGACCCCUGUGACCGGGCUGGGCUGGUCCGCCAGGACCUCGCCCUGUACGGCAAGAAGCUGGAGGAGACAGCGUUCAACAACCAGAUGCAGCUGGUGCUACUGAAGCGCGGUGUCCGGCAGCCCCUCUACCUGGCGCUGCUCACCCAGGAUCUGCGAGCCUGCACCCUCUAUGAAAAGAUCUCAGAGAGGAUCCAGACGCUGCCCCCAGCGCUGCCCGCCCUGCUCCAGCACAUGCUGGGCUGCCUGGAGCAGGAGCAUGGGGCCGAGCCGGUGGCCAUGACCAUCUCUGCCUUCUGGGCCAGCAAGGACGGCCUGCUGGAGCACAAUCUCCUCGCCGUGCUCAUCACGUGGAAGGAGCUGGGCGGGGCACCCAUCACCUGGGAGGGAGGCAUGGCUGCUGGGGGCCACGCGGCGACCAUCCCCAAAGCCCCAAUCUAUUCCCUGAUGAGGAGCCUGAGGGGGCUGGCGGGGGUGUAUGGCCCUUCGGAGGCCCCUGGCUCGCGGCUCCACCUCUGUGGUGGCCUCCUGCAGACGGCGGUGGAACGGCGCUACCUGAAGAAACUGGGCCUGGAGCGAGCGGCUCAUGCUCUGAUAGCAGCUCAUCUCUGGAAACUCUGCGACCCGUACGCGUCCCGAAGCUUCCAGGGCAGCGAGGCCAGGCCCCUGGUGGCUCUGCCCUACCACUUGGUCUGCGCUGGAUGCCCCGACCUCCUGGGCUCUCUCCUGACCAACCUGCGCUUUGUGGCAGCCCACUUCCGCCUGGCGUUGCUGCCUACGCUCUACGUCUCCCCCGCAGCGGGCAGUGCCCAGCCCCCGGGCGAGGUGGGCGCAUUCUGUGCGAUGGUGCAGGCAGGCACAGCCCUGCUCUCCCAGAACCCAGCGCUCCUGCCCGAGCUGGCAGCCAACGCUCCUGACGGCUCCUCGCUGGGCACCCAGGCCCGGGCCCUGGGGCCCCCCGGGGGGCACCUGCUGCUCUGGCGUAACAAGGCCAAGGACACCCCCCACCCCGACAGCGUCGCCCUGGCCCUGCCUACGUCCCCCACCUGUGUGGCCGUCUCCCACUGCGGGUGCCAGGCCGCCGUGGGCAGCACCGAUGGGACCCUGCACCUGCUGGACACGCAGAGUGGCCAGGAGCUGAAGACCCUGCUGAGCGACGGCACUGGGAUCUCAGCCUGCGUCUUCCUGGCCGGCAGGACCCCCUGCUUGGGCACCUUCGCCGGGGGGGUGGAGACCUGGGGCCUGCGUGAGGGCAGCAGGCUCCUGGCUACUGAUGCUCACCAGGGCCGGGUCACGGGCUAUUGCGUCAGCCCUGAUCACAGACAACUGGCCAGCGUCUCCCUGGACGUGCACCUGAAGCUGUGGGACUCUGCCCAGGGGCUUGAGGUGGAUCUCUCCUGCCCCUUGAACUGUGCCGCCUUCCAUCCCGACGGGCAGCUGGUGGCCACCAGGGGCUGGGAUGGCGCCGUGACCAUCCUGAGCCUGCAGAACCGGAACGUGAGCUUGAUUCUCUCAGGCCACGAUGCUUCCGUCCGCGCCAUGUCCUUCUCCCCUGCGGGCACUGUGCUGGCAUCCGGCUGCCUGGCCGGGACGGUGCGUCUUUGGUCCUGGCGGGAGGCCGUGAGCCUGGCCACGUUCCCAGCACACUGGGGCUUUGUCUCCGAGGUCAAGUUCCUCUGCGGGGGUCAGGUCCUCCUCACGGCGGGUGAGGACAUGAAGGUCCAGCUCUGGCUGGGGCACCUGGGCUGUGCCUAGGGUGUUCUGGGCUCAGGGCCGCUUUCUUCAGCCCUCUGCGUGGCCCCCAACCCCGCCAGCACCCUGCUCGCCGUGGGGUACCAUGCAGAUGAUGUUUGGGUCUACGACACCCUCUGGGGCUCGGCCGGGCGGCGCUGCCCGGCGGCAUGCCCGGCCGGGUGGGGGGUGGCGGUGCCCAGCCUGGCCUGGCUCGGGGAUGCCGUGCUGGCCGGAGGCAGCGGGGAUGGGACCCUGCGUGGUUGGGCAUUGGAAAGCGGCCCAGCCUUCCCCCUGUGGGAGCUGCGGGGGCAUGAGGGGGCCAUGCUGGGCCUGGCUGCCUCACCCCAGCUGCUGGCAUCUGCCUCGGAGGAUUUCACCAUCUGCCUGUGGCUGGCUGACACACUGAGACGGGCCCUCCUGGACCCUCCGCGCCCCCUGGCCAUCCUGAGGGGCCAUGCGGCCCCUGUCACCUGCUGUGCCUUCAGCCCCAACAGCCAGCACUUUGUCACGGGAGGCAGGGACAAGACCCUGCUGUGCUGGGAUGUGGGGGGGCCCUGCACCGGGAGUCCCCCCCGGCGCUUGCUCCCCUUCUUCCACCGUGACUGUCUCAGCAUCUGUAUCUGGGUUGGGCCCCUGCUGCUGUCCUGCUCCAGCGAUGGCACCGUGCAGUUCUGGGAUCCGGCAACUGGCCAGCGGCUCCACGAGUUCCUGUCCCACUGCGGCCCUGUCAGCGCUGUCCUGGCCACGGCCGAGUGUGUGCGAGCGGUGGGCCGCGAUGGGACUCUGGCAGCGUGGGACAUGCUGGGCGUGGAGCUGACCCGCUUUCCAGCACACCCCGGGCUGGUGAACCAGGGCGCCAGCUUUGUGGGAGCAGAUGACAAUUUCAUGGUGGCCACGGCCAGAUGUGACGGGCGGGUGCAGCUCUGGAGCCCCCUCGAGUUUGGCCGCCCAUGGGCAUUGGUGGGGCACAGUGCCCCAGUGUGUGGCGCUUCCAUGAGCCUGGCUGCCGCCCGCAUCCUAACGGUGUCGGGGGAUGGUGCCGUGCACAUGUGGGCAGCGCCAUGGCAAGCGGCCGGUCUCUCUCCUGGCAGCAGGCGCCUCUCUGCCCUGGCCUGGUCUCCCGACGGGAUGCUGGCAGUGUCGGGCAGGGAGCGUGGGGAGCUGAUUGCAUGGGGGAAGGCCAAAGCUCUGGCUGCAGUGCAGGUAGGUUGGAGGGGGACCUGUGCUCUCAGCUUCGCCUCCUCCUGCAGCCUCCUGGUGGCAUCAGCGGCUGGGAGCAUCUGGCUGUGGGGCCUGCAUGGCGACCCCCGUCCUGGGGCCCUCAACGUGGCGGAUGGGGCGGCUCCCGUUACCUGCAUGGGGCCGGCCGGGGCCCCAGGCUCCCUGGUCCUGGGGCUGGCGAACGGGGAGGUGCUGCUGUUCAGAGGCCACCGGCCAGCGCUGAAGCCCCUCCAUUUAGGCAGCCCCGAUGCCUGGGUUCCGGACCCCCCCUCCAAGUACCUGUUUGACAUGGCUGUAACCCUGGUUGGGCAGCUUCUUCUGUGGAAGGGGGUGAAAGAACCCACCCUGUACAAACAGAGGGUUGGGGAGUCAGAGGAACUGGAGAAAUGCCGGGAGGCUGAGAUCCGCCUCUAGGAUCGGGACACGGAUGCUGACUCCAGCUGGUUCAGCAGUGCCUGGCUCAGCCUCGUGAGUCCUGGCUCAGAGCUCAGGAGUGAGGGCUCCGACGGGAUGCUCUGGACUCGGGCUCUGUGGAGCGAGGAGGAUGACGCAGCUGAGUCCUGGAGCAGCGAGGGGUGGCAGCAACAGCGGAUCCACAGCGCCAAGGUCACGGCCCUGCACAGCUGUGGGGACUGGGGGGACGUGCUAGUGACGGCAGCGCUGGAUGGAGACGUCAAGAUCUGGGAACGCACCACGGGGAGACUGUUGGGGAAGUUCCGUUGCGCUGCCCCCGUGUCCUGCCUACAACCCUGGCCUGGUCCAGCCUCCCAGCUGCUCUUGGCUGUGGGUGACAUCCUGGGCAACGUCUAUUUCCUGGAGUGGGGCUGUCUGCGGGGACAGAAAGGCCAGAUGGCCACGGCCAUUGGGGGGUGUCCUCUUACGGAGCUGCAGGAGAUUGGGGACCUGGGACUGAAGCUUGGGCCAGGGCAGGAUGGGAAGACUCCGAAAGGCUGGGUGCCCCCCCCAUCCCACAUGGCGGUGCCCUUGGCAGCUCCUGGCCAUGCCCAUGGUCCCUGCCCUGCCUUCUGCAGAUCCAGAGGCACCAGCCAGUCCCCUGCCCUGGAGCCGGUUUGGGGCCAGUGCCAGCCCUAG